UCCGGCGUCGCUUGUGUAGGUGGGUGGAGAAGGAGCGGGCCUUCGCCGCUCUGACUCGCUCCCUCGCGCUUUCUCGGGGAACAUGGCGGGCGUGGAGGAGGCAGUGGCCUCCGGGAGCCACCUGAAUGGCGACCUGGAUCCAGACGACAGGGAGGAGGGAGCUACCUCUACAGCUGAGGAAGCAGCCAAGAAAAAAAAACGGAAGAAGAAGAAGAGUAAAGGGGCUGGCGCAGCAGGGCAACAGGAACCUGAUAAAGAAUCAGGAGCCGCAGUGGAUGAGGUAGCAAGACAAUUGGAAAGACAAGCAUUGGAAGAAAAAGAAAGAGAUGAUGAUGAUGAAG